AUGAACAAGUUUUUAUCGAUUAUUUGUCUUACUCUUUUUAUUUCGGCUUCACUAGCUAAAAAAGAAGCUGAUUUAAAAGACAAGGUUGUUGAAACAGUAAAAGAUGCAUAUGAUGCAGCUGCACCAAAAGUUGCUGAAGGCGCAGAAUUUAUCAAAGACAAAGCUGUUGAUGGUGCUGCAUUUGUAAAAGAUAAGGUUGCUGAAGCUUAUGAUGCCGCUGCACCUAAAGUUGCUGAAGGUGCAGAAUUCAUCAAAGACAAAGCUGUUGAUGGUGCUACAUUUGUAAAAGAUAAAGUUGCUGAAGCAUAUGAUGCAGCUGCACCUAAAGUUGCUGAUGGUGCUGCAUUUGUAAAAGAUAAAGUUGCUGAAGCUUAUGAUACUAUUGCUCCUAAAGUCGCUGAAGGAGCCGAAUUUGUGAAAGAUAAAGCUGCUGAAGCAUAUGAUGCAGCCUCACCCAAAGUUGCUGCAGGUACUGAAUAUUUGAAAGAAAAAGCCGGUGAAUAUGCUGAAGUUGCUAAAGAAAAAUUAGCUAAAGUUGCUGAUGAUGUUAAAGCUUCAGCACAAAAUUUUGCUGAUGAAAGUGUAAAACAAGGACAAAAAUUAGGUGAACAAGCUUUUGAAAUGGGCAAAGAUAAAGCUAAUGAAGCACUUAAAGCUGGUAAACAAGCUAGUAUCGAUGCUUAUGAAGCUUCACUUGAAUUAGGUGCUGAUGGUGUUAAGAAAAGUAAACAAUUAGCCGAACAAGCAGUUGAAUUGAGUCGAGAUAAAGCUAAUGAAGCAUUAAAAGCUGGCCGACAUGCUGGUGAAGAUGCACUUGAUGCAGCACAAGAAUAUGUUAAAGAUUCGAAAAAACAAGCAGCUAAAAAAGCAAAAGAAGCUGCUGAAGAAACAAGUGAAGCAGCAUUAAAAGCUAAACGAAAAGCUACUGAAUUAUAA